CGGAGAACCUCUUGCUGUGAGGCGGCAAUGCUAACCGCUGGCACUGUCUUAUUAAGGAACUCCACUUCUACGUACAGAAACGAAACUUAGUGAAACUGAAAGUGAUAGAAGCAGUACUCAAGAAACUGCACUCAAACAGCAGAAUUACAGAAAUGGAAAUAAAACUACGUUAUGUGUUAGCGGCUUGAAAGCAAUGGGAUCAGAAUUUGCUUUCUUUCAUUCAAGAAUCUGAUAAGUUAACUUGCCAAGAAGCAAAGCAACGUUAAUUAGUGUAAAAAAAUGGCAGAGUUUUCAUACUGUUUACUGGCUGAAAGCGACACCGAGUUAGACGAAAAACAAAAGCAAACAAUAGAGCGAUAUUUCCAGGUCCGAAGAAAGUCUGGAGGUGGGGAUUGCAAAGUCUGCCAGCUGUCCCAAACCUUAUGGGAGGUUUCCUUCUUGGACCCUGAAGCUCAGAAAAGGGUACUGGAGAAAAGGGAGCACUUGAUUAAAACACCAGACGGAGAUAUACUGGUAACUGUUAAAAAAGAUGAGAAGCCAUGGGAUAACAUCUCAGCAAAACCACAGAAACCGACUUUACAGAAGGCACCCAGCAGUGAAAAUGGAGAGCAGCUUUUGGAAAACAAAGUAUGUAAUCACCAAACAGCUGAAAAUGUUACAAAGAAAGAAGUCAAAAUCCCAGAACAGUCUGAGUUGACGGAGACUAGUGAAUGUGCAGACUUUUCCAACAUAACAGAGUCAUCAGCGUUGUACAAAACAAAGCAGACAGAACUGGGGGAAAAAUAUGAAGCUUUCCAGUCAGAGUUUACUGGUUUCUUGGUGCCUUCUGUGACUCAAAAAAUGAAAAAAGAAGAGCAAACUGCUCUUGGUAAAACAGUUUCAUUUAGCCACACUAGGGAAUAUGUCAAUGUCUCUCCAUCAGCAAACAUUCCAGAUAACACCAGUGAGAACGAAAGUAGGCCUUUUACUUUCCAAGGUAAAACAGAGGAGAAAAAGUCCGAAGAAGUUAGUUUACCAAGUAUUUCCAAGUUUAUGUUCGUGAGAGAAGACUUUGAUUGCCAAAUGAAACAAGAGUUCCCAGAGCUUUUUUACACGUUUAGUAAGGAACACUCAGUAGUGAAGAUAUGUGGACCAUCACAGUAUUUGCAAAAAGCAAGAGGUAUGCUUGAAGACCUUCUUGAAAGUGUGAAGGAACACAUGUUAACCUUGUCUCACUAUAAAAUAAAGUUCUUAAAAUCAUGCAAUCCUGAUGAGUUAAAUAACAUGGUAUUUUCUGCUUUCCAAAGCCCAGUAACUCUUUUGGUGGAUAAAAAUGUCAUGCUGUACGGGGCCUCAUUAGAAAUUCUUAACACAGCAGAAAAAGUACUUGAUCAAGCGAUUCAUGAAGUUAUAAUCGAAGUUAAAAUGGCUGCCAGGGGAGCAACAGCUACACAAGAAUGGACACAGUUCACAAUGCGUUUAAAAAAUAAUUUCAAUCAUCCAACUAAGCAAGUGGACAUCUUCAGUUCUCUAGACAGUAACACUUGCUCAGAAAUCAUAAUUGCUGGCAUUUUUAGUGCAGUGAAAAAUGUUGAAUGUAAAAUAUUAAAGUAUCUAAAUGAAAAUGCCAUGACUCAAGACAGUAUUGAGAUAAAGGAUGCAAACAUUACCAAGUAUAUGACUGACAUUUUAGUUAUGCUGAACAUUGAAAAAUUUGCAGUUCAGGUGACAAUAAAACAUUCCCCACCAGCAGCUGUCAUGCUUAUUGGCAUUAAAUGUAGUGUUGAAAAAGCAAAAUGUAUGAUAAGUAAGGCUUUAGAUUCCUUGAGGUGCGAGAGUCUGUCAAUAUCGAAACCAGGAGCAAGGAAGUACUUUCAUGGAGCUGGAAAAGGGGACUGUGUGGCCAUUAGCAGGAGAACAAAGUGCCUGAUUAAGCUGAAGUCUUCUAGUAUGGAUUAUGAUAGACAUACUGCAUCAGAUGGCAGUAAAGCACAUGGAGACGAAGUCUGUCAGUUACCUAUACCAGAGCAGACACAUGCAAAACUUCAAGAUGAAAUUAAUGCAUUGGAUAAGGCUAAAAUUUCAGAAAAAGACAAAGGGACCUAUUCUCUAUCAUCGAGUUCAGUCACCGACACAGAAUGCGUAAUCAUAAAUGGAGUGAACAUAGACAUUUCUCUUGGCAAUAUCGUCACGGAAACAGCUGAUGUGAUUGUGAAUUCUACAAAUUUCUUUCAUGGGCAAACUACAGGUGUGGCAAAAGCAAUCUUUGAUGCAGCAGGACAAGCCAUUGUGGAACAGGUGAAACAAGGCAAAAUGCCACCUAAUCGUGUAUUCUGCACAGGACCAGGAAAUCUGAAAUCCAUAGCCAUUAUGCAUAUUUGUUGUAACAAUGACUUGAAGAUUGUAGAGAAGGCUGUCAUGAAUGUAAUUCUGGAAUGUGAGAGGAGGCAGUACAAAUCUGUAGCUUUUCCAGCCAUAGGGACAGGUCAGGGUGGCAUGGAAUCGCGAGCUGUUGCAAAUGCAAUGAUGAAUGGAGUUGCCUUAGCCACCAAAACUCAGUCAUUAACUCACUUGUCAACUGUACGUAUUGUCAUCUAUCAGAAGGAUACAUUCCAGACAUUCAGAGAAACGGUUAUCAGUUUUGUCAAGGAGAGAAUGCAACCAAGAGAACACAGCAACCUCACUGGUCAUUCCACAUCACUUCUUAAAAGUAACAAAACAACAAAGCCUUAUGGUGUUCAGGACAAUUUGCUGACAUCUACUUCCUUUUUACCCGCUGUGUUUGACUUGGUGGGAUUGUCGCAUGACAGUGUGCAGAAAGCAAAGCAGGAACUGCAGUUUGCCUUCCAGAAGAACUACAAGGAGACCAGCAUCUACGACAAUCAGAUCAGUUCACUUCAGCCAGAUGAGACACACAAACUAUUAGCAGACAUAAGUGAAUCAGAGGCAGAAAUAACUGUGUGCCAGGGAGUCAACAAUAAAAUAAGUGUAAAGGGUUUGGUACAGGAUGUUGAUAUGGCUUCCCAAGUUAUUCAUAGUAUAUUGGAGAGCAAACGAGAGAAUGAAAUGAGAGACAAUAAAUCAAAGAACAAAAACCCAGAUGUUCAUGAAACCAUGAAUGCCAAACCAAAGGACAGCACCCCAGAGAAUGGUGAACCUAGUGAUAAAUCAAUGGUCAGCAAUGCUGGUCUCCAUAGACCUGAGUUUAAUAAGUCAUUGUUUGCCAGCAAAGAUGAUUCAAAGGUCAGCUUACCAGUUAGCAGCAAAGCCAUAGAUAAUGAACCUCAGGUUGGCGCCAAAGAUGUUAAUGAAGACAAGGAGAUGUUAAAGGUCAGUACAUCAACCAACAGUAAAUCCAAGGAUAAGAAAUCAAUUGCCAACAACAUACUAAGCAGAAAGUCAAGGGAGGAUGAACUUAAGGGUAAAGUGUCAACUGUCCAUGACCCUGAGAAUGACAGAUUGAUGGCCACAGGUGCAGGUGCCACUAAUUUUGGAGAUACCCAGUCAGUGAGCAGCACUUUAACUACUCAGUGGUACUGCAAACAGGAUGGCGAAUAUGUUCCAUUUGAGAAAGAUACAAGUCUUGUGAUCGAAAGUGAGUUUGCCAAAAGAAGCAAAGAUGUGGUAAUUCCAUUCAAAGGGAAGUCUUUAAUCAUUGACCUAGAAAGAAAGGAGGCCACCAUUUUGGAGACUACUGAGGUGAUGAAAGUCAAGAGGGUGGAAGAAAGAGCUGAUGGCUGUUUGCCACUAGCAUGGGAUGAAAUGCCUGAAAAUAACACAUCAGUAAAUGUUGAAUUGAAAAAGGACUCCAGAGAAUACAAAGAUGUUGAAUGUCACUUCAUGGAAACAGUAAAAGCAAGUAAAAUUGUCAGAAUUGAAAGGGUACAGAACACUCAGCUGUGGCAGCAGUUUGAAGUUUGGAAAAAGAGUAUGGCAGCCAAGAAUGGUCCAGCUGAAGUAAAGGAGAAGCUGCUGUUCCAUGCAACAGUAAGAGGAGCAUGCAACACUAUAAAUGAACGGGGAUUCAACAAGGACUUACAAGGCCAGAAUGGUCAGUACUACGGUGAUGGGAUAUAUUUUACUACAGAUGCAUCUGUCUCAGCAAAUGACAAAUACUCAAAAAUGGACGAGAAUGGACUGAAAUAUGUAUACCGUGCUCGAGUACUAACUGGAAGGUUUACUAAAGGAAAAAGAGGGAUGAGAGUGCCACCACUUCGAACAGGCACUGACCUUAGUAAUCGAUAUGACAGCUUAGUGAACAAAGAGUCAAAGCCAACUAUUUUUGUGGUCUGCAACCCUUAUUACUCAUACCCUGAGUACCUAAUUAUUUUUCAGAAACACUAGCACCCAAAGUUCAUUGGUACUUUAUUUGCUUUGCAAUAUGCACAGCUGCAAUGAUGAUGUGUUUAGAGUCAGUGCUAGAGCUUGUGUUCUAGCCUGCAAAGUUUAGGACUACUAAACUGCUGUCUUCAUGCUACUGUCUUUGUAUUAUAAAAUAAAGUUUAUAGAUUAUGGCCUGUUCAUUAACACUAUGCUAAAAAUAGAAACAAGUAUGUUUUUGUAAUGAUGGUAUUAAACCUGUGCUUUGACAAAG